UGAUGCUGCGAGUUACCGUUGGUUAGCUGCGCUCUCAACAUUCACUUUUGACAUCAAGUAUCGAGCUGGCAAGCAGAACAUGGAUGCUGAUGGUCUGUCAAGGAGACAUCAUGGUGCGCUGGAAAAUGAUGCCACAUCACAAGAGGAAAGCCAAAGGAUUGACCAGUUCACUUCUCAGCUACUGACAUCAAUAAACAAGUUUGAACUGGUGACUCCAGAAAUUGUCGAAGCUACUUGUCAAAGGCAUACUGUGAAGCAAGAUCAAGAGCUCUCACCUUUCCCUGGCUAUGUUGACUCACUUGCCAUUCAUGCAGAUGCAAUUCCUGCUGUCCUUGAGGAGGAUGAGUCACAGGAUGGGAUCCUAACAGUGCCUAAAUACAGUGAGUCUGAUCUCAUGAAACUGCAAAGAGAAGACCCUGGCAUCAGCAGUGUUAUCAGUUUGGUGGAAUCCGACAACUUACCUGCAGAUCACACGGCAGAUUCUCCUGAAGAACGGUUGAUCCUGAGAGAGUGGAAACGGCUUCAACUGAAGUCAGGCCUUUUGUACAGGACACGGGAGUGUGAGGGACAAACCCUAUUUCAGCUGGUACUCCCAGAUGUCCUACGGCCUAUUGUACUCAGGAAUCUCCAUGAUGACAUGGGACAUUUAGGGAUUGAACGUACCCUUGAACUCACCAGAUCACGAUUCUACUGGCCAAAGAUGGCUGCUGAUGUAGAGAGAAAAGUGAAAACAUGUGAGCGAUGUGUUCAAAGGAAGACCCAACCGGACAAGGCUGCCCCACUCGUGAACAUCAAAACAACUAGACCAAUGGAGUUGGUCUGUAUGGAUUUCCUUUCACUAGAGCCAGACAGCCACAACACUAAGGACAUCCUCGUUAUUACGGAUCAUUUCACUAAAUAUGCCGUAGCCAUCCCUACCAGAGAUCAGAAAGCUAGUACCGUCGCUAAAACCUUAUGGGAACACUUCUUGGGCCAUUAUGGUUUUCCUGAACGCCUUCACAGCGACCAGGGUAGGGACUUUGAGUCUCAUACCAUCAAGGAGCUAUGUGCAUUGGCAGGUAUUCGUAAGGUGAGGACAAGCCCUUACCAUCCCAGGGGAAACCCUGUUGAACGGUAUAACCGAACACUCCUCAGCAUGCUAGGCACUCUGAAAGACAAAGAGAAGAUACAGUGGCGAGACCAUGUCAAACCUCUCACUCAUGCUUACAAUUGCACCCGAAAUGAUGUGACCGGGUUCUCCCCAUAUGAGUUAAUGUUUGGGAGACAACCCCGGUUACCCAUAGACUUAGCCUUUGGAUUGCCAGUCAAGGGAAAAGAGUCCAGUUCACAUUCUCAGUAUGUAAGGAACCUGAAAUCUCACCUGGAAGAAAGUUAUCAGGUUGCCAUCGAAAACUCUCGCAAGGUUGCAGAGAAAAACAAGAGGCGAUUCGAUAAAGUUGUCAGAGAAUCUACACUGGCUGUCGGGGAUAGAGUCCUGGUCCGUAACCUCCGCCUCCGGAACAAACAUAAACUGGCCGAUCGUUGGGAGCCAAUGAUCUAUGUGGUUACCAAGCAGAUGGGAGACUUACCUGUCUACUCUGUGAAACCAGAAAAGGAGGAAGGUCCCCUACGGACGCUACACAGAGACCUUUUACUUCCAUGUGGAUUUCUUCCUGAAACUGAGAGAGAGGAACAAAAGAUGAAAAGCAGUCCAAAGAGACCUCGAACAAGGCAGCAAAGUGCCAUCCAACAAGAUGAAGAACCCUUUGCUUCAGACGAUGAUGACAAGUGUGAAAGCUGGAAUGCAACUGCUGCCUUACCAGAUGUCAAAGACAGGAGGUUUGUCAAAGUGUAUGAUAUACCAAGACACAAUCCAUCACCCGCCCUGGGUAAUCAUAGUCAAAGCCCUGUAACACCUCACCCAUAUCAGGUCAAUGCGGAUUCAGACCCAGGAGCUGUAAGGCCAAGUGCUGUCCUUCAGUCUGAAAAGGAAAUAGAAAACUCACCUGAAAAGGAAAUAGGAAACUCACCUGAAAAGGAAACAGAAAACUUACCUGAAAAGGAAACAGAAAACUCACCUGAAACGGAAAUAGAAAACUCACCUGAAAAGGAAACAGAAAAUCCAUCUGAGAAGGAGAAAGCAAACUUACCUGGGAUGGAAAAUCAAAAUGUACCUGAAAAGGAAACUCAUAACUUACCUGGAGACCUACCUGAUACUAGUUCAGAACCUGUGGAAGGAAGUCUUAUGGAACCGGAAGCUAAAGAUCAUACAGAGGCAGAGAUACCAACUCAAGAAGAGACAGAGGAACAAACAGAAGCAGACAUUCCUGUCAGAAGAUCACUCAGACAACGUGAGCCAUCACGUAGGUUCCAUUACCCUGAGUUGGGGAAUCCCCUAGUUUCUGUUGUUACUUCCUUGUUUCAAGGAUUGAGUACCGCCUUCACCAAUUCUCUUAAUAACAAUGCCAGUAGAGAUUGGUUAACAAACAUUCCUUUGGAAGUGGCAGAAUCAGUAGUUACCCAGCAGCCCUUUGUGCAUGCAACGGGACGUGCAUACAUUUAAGGGGGGAGUGUGUAACCUGUUGGAAAAAGAAACCCAACUGUUACUAAAUAUGUUGGAAGAAAGUGUUACAAAUAUGAGAAAUAUGUUAGAAAUAUGUUCUUUCAUUGAGAAUUAUUUUUAUUUAAUUUAUACAUUUAUUAUUUAAUUCAUAACUACAUUCUUUAUUUUAUUCUUCAUUUCAUUGAUCAUUUCAUUUGAUCUCAGAGGUCUUUUUGAUUCAGUAGAUGGUCCUGUGAAGAAAAACUUUUCAAAUUGAUUUCAUUGGUUCAUUUCAGUUUAGCUGAGUUGCUAUUGGUUAAGGCAACGCAUGUCCCGCCUCCUUCACGUUAGAGACGCUGCGGUAGUGUGUGAAAAAUACACAGAGAGCAGCAGGACGAUAAUUGAGACACAGAGGUUUUGGAGUGAUGAAACUUUAAAAAAUACACUUUAUAUUGUUAAAAGGAGGAACUGUGUAAACAGAGAAAAGUCCGGUGAACCACUGAAGCGACCCUGGGAACAUCUUGUGUUUGUUUUAUUAUUUUAUUGUCCCGGCUGGGUUUUUUGUAUACCCUGAGAUCCUGGACCGUGGAUUUGGAGUGAUUCUCUCCCUGACGAGGGGGAUGGCGAGCUACCCGCGUGAGCAUUUUGGAUUGAGGAGGAACCUUUCCAUUCUUCAUUCUCUGUCCUGCCAGAGUGGUAGGGUUGUGGGGAAGGACUUCCAAGAACUUUCGAAUUGAACUAUUUCUUUUGGGUAAAACAUUUUAUUUUAUUUAGGGUGCACCCGGUAAAAAAGACAUUUCAAAUAAGAACAAAAGUAACUGUCGGCAGUGUAUGUAAACUGUUUAUUUUCUAUAUAUGUUAAUACAGUGUUUUGCUUAAAUCUA